UUAGAAAGUUAUUCUCACAAUCUCUAUAAAAUAAUCCAUGUCAACAAAAAAAAAACCUCUAUUAAACAUUAAUCGAAUUUCUAAUUCAUUAUGAAAUAUAAUCAGAAGAGUCCUCAUCUUAUUGAUCAAUCGUAAUACACAAGAAACCAUGACUUUAGAGGAGCAGAAGAAAGUCAUAAUGCCCGAGGCCGUCGCAUCGGAGCCAUCACCACCAUCCAAGGAGGAGAAGUCCGACGAUUCGAAAGCUAUUGUUCUCGUCGUCGCUGCAAAAGAACCUACGGAAGACAAGAAAGUAGGUUCAGUUCACCGAGAUGCUGUUUUGGUUAGACUCGAGCAAGAUAAGAGGAUAUCUCUAAUCAAAGCUUGGGAAGAGGCUGAGAAAUCCAAAGUGGAGAACAAAGCUCAGAAGAAGAUUUCUUCAGUUGGAGCUUGGGAAAACAGCAAGAAAGCUUCUGUGGAAGCUGAGCUAAAAAAGAUCGAGGAGCAACUAAAUAAGAAGAAAGCACACUACACAGAGCAAAUGAAGAACAAGAUAGCUCAAAUCCACAAGGAAGCUGAGGAGAAGAGAGCGAUGACCGAAGCUAAACGCGGAGAAGAUGUUCUCAAAGCCGAAGAAAUGGCUGCAAAGUACCGUGCCACCGGAACUGCUCCAACCAAGCUAUUUGGAUUCUUCUGAUCGGAGAAAUGGUCUUUGAUGUUGCAUUGUGGUUUCAUUUGUUAUUAACUUGAGAAAGAAGAGAUUAUUGGUAGUUGAAGUGGUUGGUGUGGGUUUCAUUUGGCAACAUAAAAAGUUACAUGGCCAUAAUGUAACGUCUUAUUAUGUUUGGAGUAAUGUGUUUUACUCAUGUGUAAUUUGUACAGCUUAACCUUGAGAGACUUCUUUUGAACUUUCUAAACUUAAACUCCCAAUUAUUUCGUUUC